UGCGUUAGGCGGUCCGGAGGUGGUUAAAUACGCAAGCCGGCCUACAGGUGCGUUCCAGCGUGGAGCGCAAUCGACCACCACAAUCACAACAAUGGCACAUUUUUACUUUGUUUUUCUGUGUUUCUUGCAUUUUAACAAUAUGCACGGUUUUUAACUAAUUGCACCAUUUCCAUUAGGCGCCGCGUGAUACGCGCGUCAUGGGCGCCUUGUUGUGACUUGGUGCUCGUGCGCAGGGUGAAGUUGGACCUGUCUCCAUUGUGUGAGAUGCCAUGGGCACCGCAAAUAAUCAUAAAUAAGUAACAGCCUUAUAUUUUUAAAUUAUGUCAUGUUUGAUGAUAAAAGGAGGAGGUGCUAGGUUGAUCUCUUGUCCCCGGAAGAAGCAUUUGUGGCGAAACAGCGUUGGGAGGAGGCGGCUGCAGAGUCGGCGUGCUACAGAUGGUAUUUAUAUAGAUCGAUUUACUAGUUUUGCCCUUAUUUAUUUACUACUAAUGACCCAUAUGUGGCUAUUGUGCCCUGGCUGCUACUAAUGGUUCUAUUGGGCAUAGCUGUUUAUGAUCCAGUGUUUGACUACAUUCUGAUGCUGACGGACUCUGCAGUUUCCUCUUUGUCCUCUCUUGGGGGUACCACCUGAUGCUAUAUAUGUUUACAUGUUUUUACAUAUUAUAUGUAUUUAAUAAAGUAUACUUUUAUUAUGAUUAAUGGAGGUAUCAUGUUUUAUUUGUGUGGGAUAGAUCUUUGAUGAUGUCUACUAUAUUCUAAGAUGCAUGUUAAGCUUUAGAUUUUCUAAGAGAUCAUAAAGAAUUAUAUAUGCAGUGAAAUCUCCUUGAGAUGGCCACCUAAAAUUGAACUAAGAAGCGUUAGAGGGUCGGGGAAGAAGGGUUACUUUCAAAGAUAGAGGCCAAAAUGCAUAAUUGCAUAACAUGAGGUGCAACUGAAAAUCUGGAGGUAGUCUUCUUAAUGAGGUAGUCUUUGGGAGAAGUUUCACUUUACAUGUUUCAUCAGCAUUUAAGAAAAUCUUUUAAUGUAUUAUCAUUUACAGGAAGAUCUUGUGGACUUCCUCUGAAAGUAAGGAAUGCAUUAUUGGAAGCAAAAGACUUUUUAUUUGAAUCAGAGGCAGUUUAUAAAUGUGAAAAUGGAUACAAAAUGGCUUCCCAAAGUAAUUAUCUCAAAUGUGGAUCAAAUGGAAGAUGGGAUGGUGUUUUACCUAUAUGUGAAGCACAAAAAUGUUUAGCACCUGGGGACAUUAAAGAUGGAUCGUAUAGCCUGAAGAAGGAAGAGUAUACUUAUAACGAAUCUGUGACGUACAAGUGUGAUACAUUACAACUUGUUGGAAAAGCUUCAUUAACCUGUACAGAUGAAGGAAAAUGGUCAUCAGAUGCACCACAGUGUAGAGCUGUCUGCACUUUUCCACCUGAACUUGACUUUGCAGUGGUGGAAGAAGAGUUUAUCCACCAGGAGUUCUUUGACAUUGGAACAAGUGUGCAGUAUAAAUGUCGCCCAGGUUUUGUUCCUAUCACCAGCAAGAAUAAUAACAUAACAUGCCUGAGCGAUCUAAAAUGGUCACAUCAUGAGCAAUUUUGCACAUCCAUAUCAUGUGGUAACCCAGGAGCUAUAGAUCACGGACAGAUGCAAUCUGAAAACUUCCUGUUUGGUUCAAAAGUCACCUACAUUUGUAAUCCAGGAUAUUUCAUGGUGUCAAAAUGAAAUUACAGAGUAUGUCAAGCAGAUGGUACUUGGAGUGAAAAACCCCCUGUAUGCAAAGAACCUGUGUGUGAUCAAAUCUGGGAAUUACAAGAAGAAGCUCGGAAAUGCACUUCAACUCCAGAUGAAUGGAUUAAGUACCUACAAGUGCAGUACCUCUACCUUCAAAUAGAGAACAUGAAGCUGGACAUUGAAAUAAAGAAGAGGCAGCUGGGUGCUUUGUCUGAAACUAGUCCCAUUUUAGAUGAGAUAACCCAAUAAAACAAAAACAGGCUAAGAAAUAAAUUUAUGCUACCAUUGUUUUAAUGCAUUAAUGCUAUAAGAGAACAGUAAAACGAAUUAGCUUUGCAGUACUAUGUAAACCUACUUUAUAAAAAAUAAAUAAUAAAUAUAUAUAUAUAUACUAGCAGAA